AUGUCGCGCUCACGCCGUGCAUUCUGGCCGUUCCUCAUCCUCACCUUCGUGCUAUUCCUCCUGCUGUACGGAAUCCACCCAACACAAGAUGUCGAGCCUCCACUGGAAGUUAUUCCCGAGCUGGUUGAUUCCAAUACCCUGCGCCCAGGGGACUUUCUGGACCCUGUUGGGUAUCCUCAUCCUUACAUCGCGCCAGUCCAAGACUAUGCCCUGAGUGAGCCUGAUGGCGAAGGGACCCUGAAUGACGUAUCGUUUUACCGCGGAGGAACGCUUUCCUUGAGCACGCAGGGCGAUCACACAGAGCACCCCCAGCCGGUGAUUUAUGACCCGUACCCUUCCUACAACACUUUCAAAUGGCAUAAGAUAUGGACUGGAAACCACCAGCCUUGUCGGGGCCCGCGAGGCAGGGACAUUGAUCGCAGCAACACCGAAGAUAUGAUGAUGGUAUAUCGAGGGACUCAAAAUGAAUUCCCCUUCCCCAUGUUCGGAUCUCACAAAGCAAUCGGCCUUGAUCACAACGUAUGCGUGGACAGGUACUCGCGGUAUGGGCCAUACGGACUCGAUGAAUUCAACGGUGAAGAGGUUCCAGGAUUCCCAAGACCUCCCCGAAUCUUCUGGGGAAAUAUCAACUGGGGCUAUCUUCAAUCGGCGUGCUAUGAACGGAACGCCGAUAGAUUUGAUCCUACUCGACCGGACCAGCAUUACACCCAGCACACUCUCUCCCUCUAUCCACCGGAAGCUCUAUCGCGUGUUCAAAGGCCCAAGAAGCUAGGGACGCUAUCGUACAAGUCUCGCUCGGCGGUGAUCCUCCGUGCCUCGGAUAGUAUGAGAUGGACACCCAGCCAUGCCCAGUAUCUCCGCUCGCUGAUCAUGGAACUCUCGCUGCAUUCGGGGUCCGAGUAUCAAUUAUUCUUCUUGAUCGAUGUACACAAUCCAUCGAUUGAUCUCGAGAACGACGAAGAGGCCAUUCAAUCUCUUAAGCAGAAGAUUGUACCAGCCGAAUUCCGCAACAUGACCAUCCUUUUCAGCGAACGUCUUUUAGAAAGGUGGUAUCCCAAAUUAGACGAGCAUCGCGCCAUCUACCAACACCUGCAAGCGACCCAGGUGUUCUCUUUAAUGUAUCCCGAGUUCGACUACUACUGGCAGCUCGAGUUCGAGAACCGGAUCAUUGCCCACGCCUACCAUUUCUUCGAACAAGCCAUCGCCUUCGCCAAACGACAACCCAGGAAGUAUCUAUGGGAACGCAACGCCUAUUUCUACACCCCCGGCGCCCACGGCGACUGGAGCGACUUCUCCGCCAUGGUAACUCUAGCCAUGGAAGGCAAGCCCAGCAUCUGGGGACCCGUCCAGCAUCCAGGUAUAUCACCAGCAGGGCCGACGCCACCCAUCUCCCGACCCCAAGGCGACCACUUCGAAUGGGGAGUCGGCGAAGAAGCCGACCUAAUCACAUUCCUACCCAUAUUCGAUCCCAGAAACACAUCCUGGACCUUUCCCUGGAUGCUUUGGAACCUAGACGAAGACACCCCCCGCCGCGCCUCGGUAAUCACCCAAUGGCGAAUUUCCAAUCGACUCCUCCGAGAAAUGCACAACGCCCAACUCGACGGACAGGCCUUUGCUUCGGAAAUGUCGGCCCCAUCCUGGGCGCUUCUCCACGGCUUCAAAGCCGUGCAUGUCCCCCAACCUAUCUACGUAGAUGGGAAAUGGACCUCGGCCGAAAUGUCCCGCAUCUUCAAUCGUGGCUCGGCGGAAAACAUGAAUGGAGGUCAACAUAGCAUUUGGAACUGGGAUCAUAAAUUCGAUUAUCUCUGGUAUCGCCUUUCGUUCAUGUUCGCAACACAGACGGCAGAAGAUCUCUUCAGGCGUUGGUUAGGUUUCCCGCCUAACCCUAGUCGUCAUCUUAGUGGAGAGCGGGUAUGUUCUCCCCGGUAUAUUCUUGCAAUUCGCUAA